AUGGUUCAAAGCACUGUAGAGCGUCUUCCGUGGACCCUAGAUUUCCGUAUCGACCACGCUGAGCGUGUAGUGCAGUUGCUCAACUCCACGGUCAAAGAUGACGAGGACAUUGGCAUGGCAUGCACAGCUGCCUUCCAGCGCGUCGUCGACGCCGCAAUCGCGUCUGAUUCAUUCCCCUCACUGAACAAGCUCCACAGCGAGCAUUUCAAAAUUAUCGGCGCGAACCACUUUGUCUCGAUUGAGCGAUUUCCAGCACCUCUGUUCGGCAUCUCGUCGCGCGGGGCACACAUGACGGCCUAUGUCAAAACAAGCGAAGGGAUGAAGAUCUGGGUACCGAGGCGGAGCGCACACCUCUUCACCUUCCCGAACCUACUUGAUACCACUGUCGCGGGCGGCGUCAAGGCCGAGGACUCGCCCUUUGACUGCAUCAUCGCCGAGGCGACGGAGGAGGCGUCGCUGCCUGCUGACUUUGUUAAGGAGAAUGCUCGAGCUGUCGGAGCUGUGACGUACUGCAGCUUGAACAAGCAAAGGGGAACAUUUUUCCCGACUGUUCUCUACGUCUACGAUCUUGAGCUGCCUGAGUCGAUCGAGCCUCAGCCGGGCGAUGAUGAGGUUUCCGGUUUCAAGCUGAUGUCGAUUGACCAGGUCAAGGAUGCCAUGCUGGGUGAGCAAUUCAAGCCCAACUGCGUUCUGGUCAUGCUCGACUUCUUCAUCCGCCAUAACGUCAUCACCUCUGAAAAUAAUGAUGAGUAUCUGGAAAUUGUCACUAGGAUGCGGCGGCAUCUUCCGGUACCAACCAGUCCGGAACGAAGGUGA